GUUAUAAUUCGGAUGAUGAUUAUAACGAUAAUUUAUCAUCGUCGUUUUAAUUAAUGUAAAAAAAAAAGUCGGGAAGGGUUGGCAACACGAUCGCUAAACCAAAAUGGCGGACAAAAGGAAAGAAGUAGAGGACGACGGAGAUUCGGAUUCCGAAGAUAUUAUCGGUCCUUUGCCUUCGGAAGCGGCGAAAGUGAAAAAAAGGAAAGUUUUAGAGUACGAACAUGUUUAUUUAGAUAAUUUGCCGAGUGCGGAAGCGUACGAAAAGAGUUACAUGCACCGUGACAUCGUGACACACGUUCUGGUUACCAAGACCAACUUCGUGAUAUCUGCCAGCUGCGACGGGCAUUUGAAAUUCUGGAAGAAAGAAGACCAGAGUAUUGUCUUCGUGAAACACUUCAGAACGCACAUCGGUAACAUCCAGGAUAUCAGCACCAACGUCACCGGUACUUUACUGUGUUCUGUGUCCAACGAUAAAUCUCUUAAAGUGUUCGAUGUUGUCAAUUUCGACAUGAUCAACAUGAUAAAAUUGGAUUUUCGACCGCAGUGUUGUGACUGGAUUCACAAGGCGGGAGAUCCCGUGUCCGCCCUGGCCGUCGGCGAGGUCGACUCCGGCUCCGUUUACGUUUUCGACGGAAGAGGAGACGCUACGCCUCUCCACGUGAUCGAGAAACUCCACUCUGCUCCCGUCGUGCUGAUGAAGUACAAUGCCGCGCAAGAGGUGGCGGUGUCCGUCGACAGGAAGGGAAUCGUCGAGUACUGGACGGGUCCGAAGUACGACUACCGGUUUCCGAAAAACGUCUCUUUCGAAUCCAAGCUGGACACCGAUCUGUACGAGUUUGUAAAGCACAAGACGUAUCCCACCGGUUUGGCGUUCUCAUCGAAAGGCGACCUGUUUGCCACGGUCUCCGCCGACAGGAAGGUUCGCAUUUUUCGUUUCGUCACCGGUAAACUGACCAGGGUGUACGACGAGAGUCUUCAGCAGUUGUCCGAAUCGCAGCAGGCUCACCAGCAGCUUCCGAAUAUGGAAUUCGGAAGGAGGAUGGCGAUCGAGCGCGAUUUGGAAAAGUCCGAUUCCUUUCAGUAUGCGAACAUCGUGUUUGAUGAAAGCGGUUAUUUUGUGUUGUAUGCCACUAUGCUCGGGAUAAAAGUUAUAAAUUUGCAUACGAACAAGUGCGUGAGACUGUUGGGAAAGAACGAAAACAUUCGUCCGUUAUGCUUGGCUUUUUAUCAGGGUGUUCCCAAUAGGUCGAAGGCGACGGUGACUUUGGAUAUGAAGGCCUCCGAAAAUCCAGCUUUACAGAACACCAAACCUGAUCCCACCCUAUUCUGCACUGCCCUGAAAAAAAACAGGUUUUACAUUUUUAGCCGACGGGAACCAGACGACACCAAGAGCGUCGACACAGAAAGAGAUGUCUUUAACGAAAAACCGUCUAAGGAGGACAUCAUCUCGGCCACCGAGUCGUCCACUCAGCAGAGACUCUUCGACACUUGCAUAAUACACACGACCAUGGGAGACAUUCACUGCAAACUAUUCUCCAAAGAAUGUCCGAAGUCCAUAGAGAAUUUCUGCGUUCACAGCAAGAACGGUUAUUACAACGGACACAUAUUUCACAGGGUAAUUAAAGGUUUCAUGGUACAGACCGGCGAUCCGACUGGGACGGGAACGGGAGGCGAAUCGAUUUGGGGGGGAGAAUUCGAAGACGAAUUCCACCCGACCCUGAGACACGACAGGCCUUACACUCUGAGUAUGGCAAAUGCCGGACCGUGUACUAACGGUUCUCAGUUUUUCGUGACUGUCAUUCCGACUCCCUGGCUCGACAACAAGCACACAGUUUUUGGAAGAGUGACAAAGGGGAUGGAGGUUGUGCAAAACAUCAGCAACGUUAAGACAAACCCCAAAACAGACAAACCGUACGACGACGUUCGCAUCAUUAACAUCACUUUAAAAUAGUUCAUCUCGUACGAUACCUUGUCAAACAACAAAUAUUUUAAAUUUUGGAUGCAAGAAACAAAAUCGACCAAGAAACCCAGGCAUGUAUUAGUAUGUAGCAAAGUGUGUAAAAUGUUCAUAUAUAAAAUAUUUUAUUUACGUCAAAAAUAACCAAUCAGUUUU